UCCGUUGCUCCCUGGCGCGCGAGUGGGGAGCGUGCACACAAGCCAGCCAAGCGAUGCCGCUCCUCUUCCCCAAAGCCGCGCCGCCGCUACCACUGUGCCUCGCGGCUCGAGCUUCCCGCCGCGCGCGCCUCGCCGUGGCGUCCACGGCCGGGGGCUCCUCUUCCUCCUCUUCUUCGGCCUCGGCCUCGUUCGACGCGGCCGCCUUCGAGGCCGAGCGCCUGCGCCUCGACGCGGCGGCGCGGGACGGGAUGGCGUCGGCUGCCGCGGUGGCGGAGGCGGACCCGAGGGCGUGGAAGUGGGCGAUACGGAAGCGGGUGUGGGACGCGCUGGAGGCCGAGGGUAUCGCGCGGGACCCGCGCCCCGUCCACCAUCGCAUCCCCAACUUCGACGGCGCCCCCGCCGCCGCCGACGCGUUGGGGAGGCUUGACGUAUUUCAGAAUUCCCAGUGGGUAAAGGUCAAUCCUGACUCGCCUCAGAAGCAAGUUCGGUUCUUAACGCUGUCAGGUGAUAAAAAACUGUUGACUCCACAACCUCGGCUAAGGACAGGAUUUUUCUCAGUUCUGGACUCUCAAAUGAUACCCAUUGGAUGUGUUCCUGAAGCAUGCACUUCUGUUGGUGCAGCAAAAUAUGGGAAGCCAAUAGGUCUAGAUGAAAGGAUUAAAGUGGAUUUGAUUGUGAUUGGAUCAGUAGCAGUUGAUCCAAGUUCAGGAGCACGGUUGGGGAAGGGUGAGGGAUUCGCAGAGCUGGAAUAUGGAAUGCUUCGGUAUAUGGGAGCUAUAGAUGAUUCAACCAUGAUAGUAACUACUGUGCAUGACAAGCAGUUAGUGGAUGACAUUCCAGUGGAGAAGCUGCUAAUUCAUGAUGUGCCGGUUGACAUUAUCUGCACCCCGACUCAGGUCAUCUUCACAAAGACCACAAUCCCGAAGCCACAAGGAAUUUACUGGGAAAAAUUAUCUCCGGAAAAAUUGGGCCAGAUCCGAAUUCUGAGAGAGCUAAAGAAACGCAUAGAGCAAGAGACAGGAACUAUACUUCCUUGUGGGCCCUCAGAGAAGCUACCACCAACAGCUCAGAGAAGGAGGCGAGUCAGGCAACAACGACGACGAUAAUUGUGAAAGCUAUUGGUGUAUCAGUUUUCAAGAGUAAUAAUAUGCAAAAGAAUGAACCAUCACUGUCUUGACCUUCCAUGUCUUUGCAUCGAUGGUAGCUGCCAAUGACUUUGCUCAGUGAAGGAGGUUGCUAAACGUCAGGUGGUAGGAGCAGGCAUAACCUAAAUGUUGACAUGGGGGAGCAAAAAAUUCCAAACCACUCCAAUUCUGCGUUCAAAAUGCUUUGUCCCAAUUCCUCAUUCUUCAGCAUGAGGACAGCACUCUUUGGAAGUUCAAACUGCUGUCCAUCCACCCCGUUCUGGAUGUUGUCACUAAAGCAAUGCUGCUCGUGUGGAAACAGGGCAGGCAGGGCAUCUGGCAUGUACCUUGACCUGCCGCCUGUUGUGCAUUGGGACCUUAUAUUUUGCCUCGGAUUUGCAACUGGCACAUUCUACUUGAUAUACCUAGUCCAACCACGUUCCUUUAUUUGUAUAUAGACAUAGUCAAUGUGAUGCUGCAAUCAGAUUUUGAAUUUGCAAGUGCCAUUGUAAUCAAUUUUGUUUUAUAGUAUAACCUAUGCGCACAGUUUGGAUU